AUGGGUUUUACUUUAUCUGCAUCUUCGCGUGCAAUUAAUCUGCUUAAGAGUGAUAGCAAAAUUAAAAGAAAAGAAUCCUUAUCUGCAAUCGAACAAGAUGUUUGCGAUAAUCUUUCACAUGCUGGUGUUAACGACAUUAAUGAGUAUUGUUCUUGGAUUAUUCCUCGUCUUGUAUUGUUACUUUCAGACCCUGUCGAAAGCCAUCGCGAUAGAGUCCUGUGUAUUCUCUCUACAUUGUGUAAUCAAGUUGAAGAGUCGAGUUGCUUUAUUCCUCAUGUAACUCAAACACUUGUUAAACGAUUUACAACAGAAGGCUCCUACGAAGAAUCUGAGGAAAUUCGUUUAAAUUCUCUCAAACUUCUCCAAUCUAUAUUAGAGAAAAUUCAAAAUGCUUCUUCCUGUUUUGAUGACUAUUGCAUUAUUCUUCAGAAAUCACUUGAAGAUUCCUUUCAUGAAGUUAAAAUUACCUGUUGCCAUAUUCUUUGUAUAUUAUCAAAAAAGUUUCCCUCAUUAUUCUACCACAGUGCUGAGUCCUUGCUCAAUACUCUUUUACGAAAUAUUGUUCAUCAGCAGCAUAAAGUACGUUUUGCAACGGUGGAAGCCAUUGGAGUAGUUUUUAUGCAUUGUAAUGGCAAAUUUGUUGAUAUUACUAUUACACCGCUGACUCAACGCCUUUUUGAUCCCUCUAUAUCGGUACGAAAAGCUGUUGUCCAAGUUACUGGAGAAUGGCUUCUUAAUCUCCCUGAUCGUUAUUCCUAUCACACUAAAUUGAUUCCCCUAAUCUUGAGCGGCCUGAUAGAUGAAUGCAAUGAGAUUCGGGAAGAAGCUAUGGCUAUCUGGCAUGAUAUUGGGUUGAAAUUUCAAAAAGAAAACGAAAAUGAUCUUAAAGAUAAAAUUGAUUUUGAUCCGGGACCACCAUCGCAUUAUCCAGCUGAUCAGCUUCGACCAAAUUUGGGUUGUCGUCAGCUCAUAAAUCGAUCAGCCUCACGCCUUUUGCCUGGCCUUUGCAAUGACUUACGAGACUGGCAAGAAGCUACGCGCAAUAAAGCCGCCGGUCUUUUGCCCAUCAUUUUGUUGCACUUGGAGUCUGCUGUCACUCAACACACUCAAACCCUCAUCACUGGUCUUUGUAAUGGAGUAGCUGAGAUAAUUCUUUGCGUUUCUCUCAAUUCUUCUCUUCACCUUAUUCUCCUGAGUCCUCAACGUGGCUUACCUUCGCUCUCUAGUCUUUCUUGUCAAAAGAAGACUCGCAGUUAUGGCACACAUGCUGAAGCUCUUAGUGGAGGGGCUGCAGAAUCUUUCAAUGUGCUCCUUCAACUCUUUGCAGCAGCUAGAUAUGUCUCCUGUUUUGUAAAGCCUCAUGUAUGGUGGAAACUGCUUAACGAGAACUCUCGUCGGUGCUUAGAGUCUACAUCUCCGGCUAGUCUAGCAGCUAAUUACUUCAUUUUGGCGAACCUGCUAGCUGGGUCUUCAUUAGAUUGUCUCAUCACUUGUUCAGAUGGUGAAGCAAACUUAUGUCCCUUACUUCGUAUCACUGCCUACUUGACAUCAGACGAGCAGAUUUCUUGUGCAGCUUUCACUUCAAGAGCGGGUCUUCUUGAGUGCGCCAAUGUUUUAAUUGCCCUUCUGAAAGAAAUUAUGGAUAAAGUGAUGAAUAAUUGCGUUCCUCGUGGAGAUUCCGGUGAAGAUGUCUUGAAACAAAUCGCCGAAAAGUUGCUAGAGGAUACGUUCUUUCUUUUAAUGGCCAUUAGCUCUGGUUGGAAUGAAGAACUUGAACGAUUGGACUCUGUUGUAGAAUUUAACGACCAAGUUGGGCGAUUGCUAUGUCAAUUGUCUCAACUACAAUAUGCCCUACUCAAAGACAGCGCAUUGGAAGUGAAAUCCUGUUCAGGUGUUGAAAUGCCAGAAGAAGAGCUUAUUAUAGAAGCUAAAAAAGCAGGUCAGAUUCUUGAGCGUUUGUACGGUUAUCAGUUACCCAAGCUCCUCAGACGUUUGGAUACCAGUCGAAAAGUGAAGGGUCGGGGUUGGCAUGCAAAAUCCACAGAAUUGAACAUAUUCAUUCACGCAGUACUUGCGGCUGGCCCUGGCCUACUUCUUGGCUUGGAACCACCUACUUGCGCAUGCAAUGCAAAUGGAGUGGAUGGGAUUUGUCGUCAGGCGGAUUUCAAUGAUUCUCCACUCAUGUUGACUAUGCGUCUUCUUGAAGAAGGCUGCCGACUUGGUGAGCCGCUAGAUAGGAAUAAAGCUGGUGCUGGCGCUUCGACGAAUCCACUUUCACUUGCUGCUGAGGCUGAAUUGCAUCUUCGUGGUUUGCUUCUAUUAAUGCGGCUUACUGAGCAUGCUCGCGUGAGGGUGAUUAUGACACAGCCUCGUCUCUUUAGAUACUGCCUGGAGAGACUUGUGCUGCCUUCGUGCCAGUGGCGUGCAGGUCGCACAGCAGAGGCUAUGAGAAAAGCCGCCGCGACGUCUCUAGUGGCACUCUUAGCUGCUGUUGUUCCGCUCACUUCCCCAUCACCUGCAACUAACUUAUCUUCUGAAGGUGUCACUCCCCGUGAACGAAUGCUCGACCAAUGGCUAAAUGAGCGAAUCGAGCCGACAAAAGGCAAACUUGCUGAUUUGAAAAACAAGAAUGCCCUCUUGAGCAAUCGAGUUCGUUUAAUUGAUCGUCCAAUUCCUGCUUCUGGUAAUAUUGAAGAUACUGGUCAUUUAGCGAACCUCGGUUUAAUUAGUGCUGUCUCUCCGCGACUUCUCGCUCAGCUAUUAGCUCGAUUAGGUGGUCUUUUGACUGAUGAUGUUGAAGGCACUCGACUUCUCGCCUGUACCGCUCUUACUCUACUCUUUGGAGGCAUCUUUUCCGGAGGCUCUGAAGAUGCAGUUGGUGUAGAAGGGAGUACUUGUGUUAAUGGAAAAUAUAUUCCAGGUGCCUUCCUUCGUUCUCCAGCCUGGUUUCUGCCUCUGCUAGAAGAUGAUUCGAAAGGAGUCGAAGAAGUCGAUAUCGAAAGACAUGGUGACAAGAUGCCUGGUUUAACAACUCCUCUGCCCGAUUCCCUAGGCGAUAAAGUCUACAGGUUUUAUCCUAACUUACUUAAAGCUCUUGAUGAUGCUUCGGAUGAUGUUCGUCUGCGUGCUGCUGAUGCUUUCGUAACAUGGUUUUGGGUGAUGUCUCCUAAUCUUAUUGAUCGUCCACCUCCUGUCGCUUCUUUGCAAACUUCCCAAGAAACUACUCCUAAUUUAAAACUGAACUCUGUUUAUUCUGCAGUUGUGGAUGAUCUCACCUCCACAGUUGCAGUUCAUCUUGAUGAUGGUGAGAGUGUAAUCCGCACAGCUGUUGCUCGCGUGAUACUUCGAAUCGCUCAAAUUGCCCCAGACUCAGUGAAGAGGGUUUUGAGUGGAGCCCGUGAACGACACAGAUCGCCCCAACUGUGCCAAGCACUUUUGUCCUCUUUGGAGUGGCGUUGUGAUGAUGGGGAAAUAUAA